AUGUCUGCAAACAUGAUCGUCAUGCAAAAACAAGUGAAGAUCGAGGUUCAGAGCCCGGUGAAGCCCGAAAUUCUGAAACCCUCGAACGCCGCCAACCUCCAGAACAUCACCAACAAGCUCAACCAGGUGGCGACGGGCAAGUCGGGCAUCACCAAGAUAACCAACGCAAGCAAGACCGUGUUGGGGAGAGUGAACGUCAGACUGCAGUCCGUCGCCCCGAGAUCGACGCCCACCAAAUCGUCCUCGCCUUCGUCGCCACAAGCCACUAGGUCGCCCUUCAAGAUCCUCACGCCCAUCAGACCCUCCACGGCCCUCAGAGUGUCCUCGGCCGCCCCCGCCUCCCCCUCCCCCGCCACGCGAUCUCCAACGACCACUUCAUCCUCUUUGGUCAAAACACCCACUUCUGUGACCUCCACCACUUCCUCUUCCUCUUCUACUUCGUCGUCGCCGGGGAAAUGCAGAAGAAGAAUCAGUUACAGCGAAAGCGCCCCGCCUUCGUCCACGAAAAGAAACGCCAGAGAGAGAAAUAGAGUCAAACAGGUGUCCCAAGGAUUCGCCAUCCUGCGCCAGCACGUCCCCCAAGCCGCCCGCAAGAAGAAACUCAGCAAAGUGGAGACCCUUCGCUGCGCCGUGGAAUACAUCCGGAGUCUCCAGCUGCUCCUGGACGACCACCCUCUCCCGGCGCAGCCAGACACGGCCACCGGCUCCGCGGCGGCCGUCCACGCUCACCACCAGCAGCUGCAUCACCAGGUGUUCCUGCAGCCUCACCACCACCACGCCUUAGAGCCGCAUAUCCUGAAGCUGCCGCUUGCGGACGAGACCUUCCAGUCUCCCAGCACGAUGAGGUACGACGGCGCAGGAGGCGCCUUCUUGCGGGCUUCCCCGUCCGAGUCCGAGGGCAGUCCCUCGCACAGCCACUCCUUCUUCUCCGAUAAAUUCUCUCCGCCCACGUCGUCGCCGCUGCCCUUGGGUGUGGUUCCUGCAGUCGUCAAGACGGAGAGCGUGGAAGGCCGGUGCUACGGGCGUGAGGAACAGGACCUCUUAGAAGCCCUGGCAUGGUGGCAGCACAAUAUAUAGUGUUCCAUGGUGCGAGGGCGUUCCUACAAGGCGUUAAUCAAAUCGCAGAAUGGGUGCGAUUCGUGUGUGUUAGUCAGUUUCAAUUUUGUACAUAGAGGUUAUUUAUACAU